AUGCUCACAGCCUUACCAUUCUUUGUGUACCUUGGUACAAUGACCGUUUUUGGAAAGACCAUCGGUGGUCGAGCAGUCUACGUACCUAGCAGUAAUGCCAUUUGGAUAUUUUCUGCCUCACGAAGUUCUCAAACCGGAAACACCCUAUUUUCGAUCGACCUUGGAAAAAGCUUCAAUGCAAUAUCAGCACCUAUGCAAGUUAACAAAAAUUGUCCUAUCCUACAUUUCACUUCGAUAUUUAGGGGAUAUGACGAUACGAGCAUCAACAUAAUAGGAGUAGGUAGCUACACAAACAGUACAUUUGCUCCGAACAUGGUCCUCUGUCAAUACGAUACAAAGUCAGGGGAAUGGUCUCGCAUCGUAUCCCCUAAUGAACCAAUUGCACGAAGAAACUAUGCAGGUGUUAUGACCACAAGCAGCCAGACAAUCUUCUGGGGAGGGGAUUCAGAUAUGCUGACAGGAUUGCCACAAGAUAACUUUAUCUGGAGAUCAGACAUAGCCAUCUGGGAUGCAGCCAAUGGUUGGAUUCCAUCCAUUAGCCCAUACAGUGGUAUGGCCAGAACCAAUGCCACUAUAACUCAAAUUUCGGACACAAACGGCCGGCUUGUCAUCCUCGGUGGUUCAGUAAUAACAAACUCUUCUUGGGACGAUAGAGUUACCAACUUUCCACUAGCCAGCAUGGCCGACAUCAUUCUUUAUGACCCACGAACUCAGUUGUGGGAAAAUGUUGUCGCGUCUGGGAAUAUUCCAUCAGAAAGAAAACAUCACACUGCCACUCUUCAUCCAGACGGUCGUACAAUCAUAUUAUUCGGGGGAGAAGCUUGGAAUAACAGCACAGGACCAUACCUCUUGAAUGAUCUCAAUUUACUCGACACUACGACCUGGACCUGGAGAUCAUAUUCAAACACCAGCGGUACAGCUCUCUACCGGUCAAACCAUACGUCCAUAGUCAUCGGCCACCAGAUGUUUGUGAUUGCAGGCUCUAAUGCAACCGACAAGGCAGUCGACAUCCAAAUUCUCGAACUUGACAGCUGGACGUGGACCUAUCAAUCGGUGGCCAUACCCGCUCCAUCUAGAUGGGCAAAUAUCGGUGGGGUGUCUGGUCUGGUCGGAAUCAUCGUUGGGUGUGUUGUUCUGGUAACCGCAUCUUUACUAGGCUUUUUCUGGUGGUGGUCUUUUCGACAGAGACGCCAAAAACUGGCCAAAGAUGCUAUAAAAGAAACGAUUGACAACAACAGUAACAGGAAUAACAACAAUACGUCAAACGCCUUUGCUCGUCCGGGAACUCCAAAAAGAUCCAAAGCAGCACAGGAGUCGACUAUCACACCGACACCUGUUCCAAGUUGGGGAUUCUAUCGAGGUAGCAACAUGCCACUCUCAGCCCCGAGCCCGGCCUCUCCUGUGAUUUCAUAUACAUCAGAACUUUUAUAUCAGAACCAUGCCAAUGAUGACGGUCUGCCUUACUGGGAAGCAGAGUCAUACUACCCGACUCGUGAUCGAAUACCAAGCUUCUUUCUACUUCCCAUUCACGACACUCUACAAAAACCAAACCUUGUCGAGGACAAUGAAACAUUGUAG